UUCAAUUAUUUUCACCUUAAAUAUUUUUUCUUUUUUUGACAGGUUACUUCGACACUACAUAUAGACCCUAUUAUGUCACAAGAAUUUCAUAUAAACUCAACAGAAAAAAAAAAAAAAGAAGAAUGGGUCUUAAGCUUGUUUUUUUUGUACUUCUCUCCCUAAUUUUGCUGGUUGCUAAUGCAACAGAAGCUAGGAAAAUGGUUGAAGGAAAUUCUGAAUCUCUCUUUAUUUCUGAAUACAACCAUCAACAAGCAUUAAAAGAGAUUUAUGGUUCCGGAUACCCGUUUCAGGAAGCAGAAGACAAUCAUCAGCAUGAGAUUUCUGGUUUUGGAAACCCGUGGAAGCGUUUCAAAUAUAAUGAGGGAGCUGAGGACAAUCAUCAGCAUGAGAUUUCUGGUUUUGGAAACCCGUGGAAACGUUUCAAAUAUAAUGUUGGUGCUGAAGACAAUCAUCAGGAAGAGAUUUUCGGUUUUGGAGACAUGUUUCGUAGUUGGCAUAAACAGGGAGCUGAAGACAAUCAUCAACAAGAGAUUUCCAAUUCCGAAAACUGGUUGUUGCAUAAACAGAAAGGUAAUGAAGACAAUGAUGAGCAAGUGAAAAAAGAGAAUGAACAUAUCCAUUCAUCAUUUUUCUUCCUUAUGGAUGAUCUUAAAAUAGGGAAAACGAAAACCAUCUCCUUUCAAAAAAGAAAGAAAUUAAUUUCUUCACCUUCUAAUUCUCGAUAUUUCUUUCCCAAAGAAGCAGCCGAUUCCAUUCCCUUCUCUUCGAAGGAACUCCCAAACGUACUUCAACGUUUCUCUUUGUCUAAAAAUUCUCCACAAGCUAAAUCCAUGGAAGAUACGCUGAGAGUAUGCGAAGAUUCACCCAUAAAGGGAGAGACAAAGUACUGUGCUACAUCUGCGGAGGCAAUGCUCAAUUAUGUGCAAGGAAUCAUGGGUGGAAAAACCCAAGUCGAAGCUUUAUCCACCAAAACUUAUUUUUCAAAAGACUUGAUUCGUCCUCAAAACUAUACUAUUUUGGCUGCUCCGCAGGAAGUUGCAGCUCCUAAGAUGGUGGCGUGUCAUGUCCUACCUUACGCUCACACGGCCAUUUUAUACUGUCAUAACACAGUUAGCAAAGUCAAACUGUUCAAGGUUUCUUUAGGGUAUGCUGCAACUGGUGAUAUAAUGGUGGAAGCAAUUGCUGUUUGUCAUUUGGAUACCUCGGAAUGGAAUCCAUCUCAUGAAUCUCUCCUAACACUCGGUAUAUUACCAGGAACAUCACCUGUCUGUCACUUUUUCACAUCAAGUAAUGAUCUUGUGUGGCUUCCAAAACCAAUACUGCCAGUGGAAGAACUUUGAAGCAUCAGAGCAGCUAGAUGCACUAUGUUCUUUGUUGCUUAUGCGUCUAGACGAAAAAUAACGUGUUUUAGUUCAGGGUGUUCUUUUUUUUUGGUGGAGAUCUACUCCGAUGGCUACUGGAGAUAGACUCUAUCUAUGCCAACUAUCUUUGUUUAGUUUUGUGUGUAUUAAUUAAGUUUUGCGAAAACCCUAGUUGGUUAUUCUGUUUUUCUAGUAAACCUCUGUUGAGUAUGUUAGUUUUUGAUGAUCAUAAAUAAAUAAUAUGUGUUUUUAGGUACUAAAA